AUGUGCACGGGGGACUGCGCCAAGUGCCUGGGGGGCGCCCUCAUUCCCCUCGCCUUGUUUGGCUUCCUGGCUAACAUCCUGUUAUUUUUCCCCGGAGGAAAAGUGAUAGACAACAACGACCACCUUUCUGAAGAGGUCUGGUUUUUCGGAGGAAUAUUAGGAAGCGGGGUCUUGAUGAUUUUCCCUGCACUGGUGUUCUUGGGGCUGAAGAACAAUGACUGCUGCGGGUGCUGUGGCAACGAGAGCUGUGGGAAGCGCUUCGCGAUGUUCACCUCCACAAUAUUUGCUGUGAUUGGAUUCUUGGGUGCUGGAUACUCAUUUGUCAUCUCAGCCAUCUCAAUCAACAGGGGUCCUAAAUGUCGCAUGGACAAUAGCACGUGGGGCUACCCCUUCCACGACGGGGAUUACCUCAGUGAUGAGGCCUUAUGGAGCAAGUGCCAGCAGCCUGCCGAUGUGGUUCCUUGGAAUCUGACCCUCUUCUCCAUCCUGCUGGUGAUAGGCGGAAUCCAGAUGCUUCUCUGUGCCAUCCAGGUGAUCAAUGGUCUCCUGGGGACCCUGUGUGGAGACUGCCAGUGUUGCAGCUGUUGUGGGGGAGAAGGACCCGUUUAAAUCACCUUGAUGAGCUGUUCUAACUCGACGGCAGCUGGGACAUUACAUUAAACUUAUUCUUCUUUCUGGGGUUGGCACUUUCCGUUUGUGUCCCUAACGGACAAAGCUUAGGGACAGCAGAACUAUCCUUUCCACUUCCCAAGACAGCUUAGCUCCCAGCUUAGCUCCACUUAGAUGUUUAUGCUAUUUUCAAAUACAAAAUAGU